UAACUAGUCUCUUUCUGGACUUCAACUCCCAGAAGUAUUUGCGGUCUUUCUCUGUGUUUACAACCAGCUGACAUCCGGCGUCGUCCCCGUCCAUUAGCCACCGAUACCACAGUCAACGAUAUACAUCUACACUCGAUAUUUUUCUCGUGAAAAGCGCUCCCAGCUGAUUCGUCCACUCAACUGAAUGCAACAUUUCAUCAAAGUCAUCAGAUGCAGGGCUCUGGCCCCGUCUCCAGCAGCUGAAGCACACCAGCCCUGUCCCCUCUGAUCCACGUCCACGGCCUUCCUCCAUUCUGAGACAUGUCCAACCAGAGGGAUCUUGAUAUGGUGCACCUCCGCCUUAUCCUGGUCAGUGGGAAAACGCAAGACUUCACUUUCUCCCCAAACGAUUCGGCCACAGACAUAGCCAAGCAUGUAUUUGACAACUGGCCUGCAGGAUGGGAGGAGGAGAGGGUAAGCAGUCCCAGUAUACUGCGCCUCAUCUUCCAGGGACGCUUCCUUCAUGGCAACGUUACCCUGGGAGCUCUGAAGCUGCCUCCGGGCCGAACAACCGUCAUGCACUUGGUUGCCAGAGAGACUCUUCCAGAACCCAACUCUCAUGGUCAAAGGAACAGAGAAAAAACCACAGAGAGCAACUGCUGUCUCCUCUUGUAAAGCAACAAAAACAACCCCCAACCACACACACACACACACACACACACACACACAAAUUACACAAACAUAAUACACAUAUAAACAUACAUACACCCUGUUCUCUCCUGCCUGUCAUCCUAUCAGCUGUGGAUUUGGAUUAAAUCACAGGAAGUCUGGUUGGGGCUGUCACCUGCUUUGGUUGAACGCUUGUCCAAUCUGAGGCUUUUUUUUUUUUUUUUUUGUGCCAAUAUAUUCACUUUUUGUCCCAAAAACUUUUACUGUGUCGCCAGGAUUUGCUCUUCUUCCUUUUUAUUUGAAGAUGACAUUAAACAAUACCCUAUGCUCCCUCGCGGACCUGUUCGCUGCUGUACAAGUUUUAAAGAGCUGUCGUACUUUGUGGAAAAGACCCGGGAAGUCUUCGCUCUUCAUGGACACAGAGUUGCUAUAAAGGAUGUGUGGGCUAUAACCUUUCCCUACUAGUCACUUGGAUGUUUCCCCAGGUCUUACUGAAUGGUGAUAACCCUCUCAUUGCACUUAACCAGUUUGUUAAUUCAGAAAUGUUGAUCGUGUUUCAUCAUCAUAUUUUCCCCAAUGGCUAUAUUUUUUUUUUUUUUUGGGGGGGGUCAGAGGAACAGACCUUAAAGUCCCACGUUGUAGAAAAUGCACCAUCCUCCUCAUGAGACGGUUUCUCACUAACUGAACCGGUCGGUCUGCAUCAGCACCAAUGAUGUUUGUGCUAUUACCCUACAGCUGUUUGUUCCGGGAAAUGGACCAAUUGAGAAAAGACUUUUAUUAGGAAGAGUAAACCCCAGAGGGGACGUUCAGGUCCACGAGAAACGGUAACAAAUUAGAGGCUUGUAAAAGAUGGAGUUGGGGGAUUCGGUUGGUUGCUUGUGUGCCAUCAGGUGUCGUGUUCGCACCUCUGGCUUUGACUUUAUUGACUAGGCUGUCGAUGUUCCCUCAAAACGGGAGCUGAUGCGGCGGGCCAGUUAAACGCAGACAGAAGAAGCGGUUGAAGAAGGGAGGGAGGAGUGUUGUCGGUGUGAGAGCACCCUCUACUGAACACUGAGAACGAAGCAGGGGGAGAGAUUCUCCCACUUGGAUGAAGAGGGAAAAGGAAAAUGUUUGGUGUUUCACCUCCUUUUCAUUUGGAUGCUGUCUUUACUUCUUGUUUGCCUUUUAUUGUGGAAUUCAGUAAUAUCAUUAAUAUUGAAAUUUAAAUAUAUCGAUUUUUAUCUUGUGCAUAGGUAUUUGUUCCAUUUUAGUGUGGAUGAGUUUGUGUAUGAGUGUGUCUGAGGGUGUGUGAUGCACGUGGCAUACUGUAUGAGGACUAGUGAGGGUUUGUGGUCUUAAAAAAAAAAGGUGGCGCACUGGGAGUGUUGAUGGGCUGCGGUUUCUUCAGAAACAGUCGGAAACCUUUUGAUUCCUUCCAUUGAGUGUCCUUUGGUUUGUGUUUUUGUCGAUCAAUGUCACUGCUAUGAAGUUUAGCUCAGUAUGAAUAAAUGUAAAAACUAAAAUGCAAUGUGGUCUACAUAAAAGCUUGUAUUAUAAAUUAAUAAAUCUUUAAAUAAGGCAA